AUGUGCCAGCUAAAAUGGGCUGCAGCGUGCGUCCUGGCGUUCGUCGCAGCUUCCCAGAGCGUGAGGGCGACCGACCAGGCUGCUGGACACGUUUUUCUGGAGAACAUCUUGCACUACUACGGCGAGAACGCGUCCAUCUCCACGGAAAACCUGGGAGACCUGCUGCUUUUGAUCUCAGCCAGGAGAUCUGACCUGAUACGAGAAGAAAAUCCACUGGAAAACAAAGAGUGUCCCUCAGUGGAGCAGAUCCUGACCCACUUCGGGUUCCGGAAUGUCACCGAGCUGACCGUGGGACAUCUGGGGAGGAUCUGCCCCGCCGUGCUGACCCAGGUCUUGCUGCCCUCCUGCCCCCACACCAACCCCGAGGUCCUGCCGCCGCCGGACUACUCUGUGUGGGGUUAUGGGUUCUUGGCCGUCACCAUAAUCAACUUGGCGUCUCUUCUUGGUCUGCUGCUGAUCCCAUUCACCAAGAAGUCCUACUUCCCUAAAAUACUGACCUACUUCAUUGGCCUAGCCAUUGGGACGCUCUUCUCCAAUGCCGUACUUCAACUUAUACCAGAGGCCCUGGGUUUCGAUCCAAAAUCAGAUAACUAUGUGGCGAAUGCGGUCGGGAUAUUCGGAGGCUUUUACCUCCUUUACUUUGUGGAGAAGAUACUGAAGAUGUCUCUCCGCAUGGACCAUGAGCAUGGCCAUAGCCACUUCACCCCUGCAGAGCCACCUCUAGAAACCUCCCUUCAAAAUGGAGACAUACAAGAAAAGAAGGAUUCCAUAGUUCUGACCAGCGUAACCACCAUCUCCACCGAUCGAAGCAGCCCCAACCCUGCAGCACCACAUGCAAACGAGGCCCCUUCUCAGGAUGUCCAGUCGUCCGGCGUGAUGUGCCACUGGCUGCGCGGCCAGCGCAUCACCAACAUCAAGACGGUGGCCUGGAUGAUAACUCUGAGCGACGCCCUGCACAACUUCAUCGAUGGCCUGGCCAUCGGCGCCUCCUUCACCGUGUCCAUACUGACGGGGUUCAGCACGUCCACCGCCAUCGUGUGUGAGGAGUUUCCCCAUGAGCUGGGUGACUUUGUCAUCCUGCUGAACGCCGGAAUGAGCAUUCCACAGGCCAUUUUCUUCAAUCUGUUGUCGGCGGCGUCGUGUUACAUCGGCCUCGUGUUCGGGAUCCUGCUUGGCAGCAGCUUUGCCCCCAAUGCGAUCUUUGCCAUCGCAGGAGGAAUGUUCCUGUACAUUGCACUGGCGGACAUGUUUCCGGAAAUGGACAACAUAGCAAAGGGACAUCAGCAAACUUCCCAGAAGAUUAUCUUCUUUUUCAUCCAGAACUUAGGGCUGCUCACGGGCUUCACCAUCAUACUGCUCAUCACCAUGUUUGCGGGGGAGAUUAACCUGGGCUAG